UGACAUUCACCAUCCAAUCACAAAUCACAAGCUGACUCUGAGCGGCUGGAUUUACCUGCCACACCUGUGUGACAUCAGCAACUACCAAUCAGAGGCGUUUACACACACACACACACACACACACACACACACAAACAGAGUGGACAGAAAAUGAAAGAGCAGGAAGAACCACUGAUUCCUAAAGACAGAACUUGUUGACGUCUUCCAUUUUGUUGGAUUUGACCUCCAGUGAAUCGGACUGGACACUCGUGCUUCUGAUCGUCCAGCCUUUCACUCUUUCACUCAGCACCGUCAAGAGAACAAAGCAUGAAUGAAAGACAGGGGGUCAUAUCCACAGGACAGGAGGAAACGGUGGAGAGUAAGACAAGUCGGGAGAGCAGGACGGCGAGCGAGAGAGAGCUGGACAGACAGGAGAGAGGGAGGGACGAUGAAGAUGGAACACUGGCUGAUGAUGAAGAUGAUGGACAUCGGAUGAGUUCUGUGUUCACUCCUCUGGUGAAGGUCGUGAGGAAAUCGUCUGACAAACAGAUGGAGAGUGACGUCAGAGCCGAUGACGUCAGCAUGUGCUGGGAAAACACAAAGAAUGAACAUGAUCAGAGCUGUUGUGUGUUUUGUGGUGAGAUGAUGCUCUCGGUUGUGUUUCUUCUCUCGGGGUUGGUGAUGUUUCCUCUCCUUGUGUGGGGGGGUCAUGACCUCUUGCCGAUAGAUGUCCCUAUGGUCAGGAGUGCCCCCUACAGGCUGGUGUACACACUGCGCUGUACGCUCUUCGCCACCUUCCCCCUCAUACUAGGUGUGUGUGUACAUGGCGUGUCCUGUAUGAAGUUCAGUUCUCUGAAGCCUCUGUUUGAGGGGAAGCGUGCGAGUCGUCACACAGUCGUCCACAUGACCUACGUCCAGGACUCUCUCCGUCUCUUCCUGCUCUUCUUCCUGCAGCUUGCAGUGACCUCCACAUACGUCCACCAGGACCACCUCAAACUCGUCCCACUGCUCACCAUCGUCUUCGUCUUCGGCAGGUUGAUCUACUGGCCGAGUGUGUGUUGGGGCAGCAGUGUGCGUGUGUUGGGCUUCUCCCUCUCCUUUCUGCCCAUUCUCACUCUGAUGGGAGUUAAUUUCUACUUCGUCUGCUCCUCAACAGGUGAGGGUGCGGUGUUUGAUGUAGCUCCGCCCACUACACCCCCACCUCCUAAAGCAAGGUGGUGGGGUUGAACAGUGGACAUGCUAACAAAUACAUCCUCUGACUCAACACUCAUGUGCAGUGCAUUAUGGGUAACACACACGUCUUGCUGGAACAUUGUCAUCUUGUGCCAUGCACUGAAAUGUGACAUCCUUAAUAUUUCAUUUCCUGUUCUGUUCCUCACUUCCUGUUCCUCUUGAAGAGACUCAGUGCUGAUGUUUUGUUUUGAGAGUAACUGAUUCAUGUUUUUCUGAGUGAUAUAAAGCUGAAUGUAAACGCAUUAAUGAUGGAGAUUUCUGUCUGAUUCUUUCCUUUUAUUCCAACUGUCUGUUCGGAAGAAGACUUUAUUUGUGUCACAUUACAGCAGAGUGAAUCUCUUUCUUCA